UCUAAAAUCUAGGAAUAGAGGAGAAGAGGGGUAAACAUUAUUAAACUGCCCUUCCAAAUUCUGCGACAAACGCGGAAAGCAAGGAGACGAAGAAAAGAAAAGGAAAGCCCUCACCACCACCUUCGUUAAAUAACCUUUAAAAAAAAAAAGAGUUUUUUUCUUCUUCUUUUAGUUGGUUGCACGAUCUCGACGAACACGGAACACCGACCCAGAAGAAAAGGACUCGUAAAUUCUGCACCUUUUUUCGUCUCCCGUGUUUAAAAUCAUUGUUUUGUCAAAUAGUCUUUUGCUUUUCUUUUGAACAGUUCGUUCCUCUGAAAACAAAGAUUUGGUAAGCCAAGAUCCAAAGCUGUUCAACUAGAUUUUGAAAUCUUUUGGUUGUGGUCUUGUUGGGUUUGUAAUUGAUGGAUGAAGACAGUGUGAGUAGCUUUGGAACGCCUGAAAUGUUGGCAAGAACUGGGAAGGCAAUAGCAUCAAAGCCUAAAGAGAAAGAGAUCCCUCGUUACCUCAGAGCAUCCACCGGUUCUUGCCAUGAUAUCUGCAAGUACGGCAAGAAGCAGGUAACCGUGGAGAAACCUUGGCGUUCCACCAAUAGAAAGAUCUUCAAGAAAGUGAAUGAUGAUGCUUUGGUCGAAACUUUGAAGCCUGGCUCUUCUAAAACUAAGAAGGCUACGACAAAGAAGGUUACCCCUGGUGAUGAUGGCUCUUCUUCUUCUGAGAUGAUGAUCAAGAGAGAGGUUGUGAAGCAUCAAGUGAGUGGGAUGAAGAAGCCAGAGGUGUUGAUAAUACCAUCUGGUGAUGAAACUCCUGUGAAGAAGAAAGUGACAUCAUCAAGUUCUAAGCUCAAACUUUCACCAGAUUUGGGAGCUCGUAGUGUUGAUGCUAUGAAGCCGAAGGUCUUGAAGAAGUCUUAUUCAGCACUAGCAACGUCCAAAUCUAAAGUAAACAGCGAGAAAGUUGCUUCUUCAUCGGUUCUGAAACCCAAAAUGGGAUCAAAAAGUGAAGAUGCAAAAAUGAAGAAGGCUACAGCUUCCUCCAGAGUUGUUUUAAAGAAGGUUCCAGUGACUCCAAGAGCUUCUCUUUCUCCAAGACUAUCAAUGAGACUAGCUGGAACUUCAAGUUUGAAGAAGAGUCAGAGCUUAAAGGCUGCCUCCUCCUCCUCCUCUAAUCAGAAACUAAGACGUGUGAAGCGCACUGAAGAGUCUGACAAGCAGGUAGAUGGUUAUCCAGUGGAGGAGAAAACAUUACACGUUGUGGAAAUGGAAACAAAGAGCAAAGCUGUGUCUGAACAUGAUCAGAAUCAGCAGUGCGUUGCUGAACCUUUUCCUCCUCUUCUACAGACUCAUUCAACUGAGAAAGACGAUGAGUGUCCUGUUUCAGAGACAGAGGAGUAUGAUUACCCUUCAGGAAGCAACGAAGCUGAGAGCGUAGUAGACGAAGAGAUCGAAACCUCCAACGGAGCGGAGAGGAAACCAAGAGUGAGAAAGGAAGGAGAGUCUGCAGAGGAAGCUGCUCGGAAACUACAUUUCAGGAGAGGGAAAGUUGUGGAUGCUGAUGAUGUGGGCGAGAGUGCAAGGAAGCUCAAGUUUAGGAGAGGAAGAGAUGUUGGUGAAGACAAAGCGCAAGAUGCACAGGUCAGAAGAAGCUUUAAGAAGAGGGAAGACGUCAAAGAAGAUGAGGAAGAAGAUGAAGAUGGUGAAAAAGUUGUGUUGAGGCAUCAAGACGUUCAGGAGAAAGAUGCACAGGGACUGCUCAACAAUGUCAUCGAAGAAACAGCGAGUAAACUUGUUGAAGCUAGAAAAAGCAAAGUCAAAGCUUUGGUUGGUGCUUUCGAAACUGUCAUCUCUCUUCAAGAGUCUAAACCUCUUGCUAACUCUGGUAUGUGCCUUGAGCAUGAGCAAAGCUAACAUUUGGAAUCUUCAUAGGAGUAGUUGAAUUGGUUUUUGGUUUGGUGUGUGCAGAAACUUGUAAUUCGAGCCCGGUUUGAUAUGGUUUCGGUUUGCUGGAAACUUCAAGAAAGAUUGAUGCAUUCAUACUAAGGUUAUGAUGUCUCAGCCAAAUAUUGAUAUGAUGCUUUGUGAAUAAUACUCUGAUGGAUUGUGUUCUGUGUUUAGUUUUGGUUCUUCUGAACCGGUUUGUUGGUUUUAUUUGGAUGUAUUCGGUUUUGUACAGACAAAAAAAAGACUAGUUUUCUUUACAUUUUCAUUUCUUGUUGGUUGUU